UGGAGACUAUAUAAACACGUGUGUUAUAUUUAAUUUAUAUAGAAUCAUAAUUAAAAUUAUGUCGAUUUUCCGAAAUGUCUUUAACAAUUUACAUAAACGAUGUUUUCAAACGUUAAAGUACAGUACUACGAUCGAAUCAAACAUAGAAGAAUUCAAACCAAUCAUUGAUAUAAGAUCAUACGACAGUGACAGAUAUUUUCAUAAGUCUCGAGAAGUAUGGUUAGAAAAUCUAGAUACAGUUGAGGAAAAGAAAUUAGGUUUGAUCAAUUUGCAUGCGGAAAUUUUCGCAGCUCAACCACGAGUUGAUAUAAUUCAUGAAAAUGUUAAAUGGCAAAGAUUAUAUAGUUAUGUGAGUUAUGCGCAUACAAAGACUCGAGCAGAGGUAAGAGGAGGUGGUAAAAAACCUUGGAAACAAAAAGGUACAGGAAGAGCACGUCAUGGUAGUAUAAGAUCACCUUUAUGGAGAAAAGGUGGUGUUAUUCAUGGCCCACGAUCACAUACAACUCAUUUCUAUAUGUUACCAUUUUAUACUCGUAUUGCUGGGCUUACAUCAACAUUAUCCGUUAAAUUUGCUCAAGAUGAUUUACAUUUGGUAAAUGAUUUGGAAAUACCUUCCGAGGAAUCAUCUUAUAUAGAACAACUGAUCGUAGAAAGAAAUUGGGGUCCUUCUGUCCUUAUUGUAGACAGUGAAGAUAUUAUGCCAAUUAAUUUGACAAUAGCAACUGAUACGAUACCCCAUGUAAAUUUGAUGCCUGUCUAUGGUUUGAAUGUGUACAGUAUGCUAAAACAUGAUACAUUAGUAUUGACACAUCGUGCAGCACGAUUAAUAGAAGAAAAAUUGCUAUUUCAUUUAAAUAGGGCAGAUAGUAAUAAAUUUUUAAAAAAAUUCCAGCUAAGUCAACAGUAAAAGAAUUACUUACAUCAUGUAAUCGAAACUUUAUUUACAUAGAUUAUUUUUACUUAGUGUAUGUAGUACCAUAUUCACUUUAUUUUCCUGUAUUAAAAAAAUAAAUUUCUUCUAAUAUA